AUGGACGCGUGGCAACAAUUUUUCACGCGCGCCGGAAUUCCGCGCGACAUCGCUUCCGCCUACGCCAAAUCCUUCACCACAAAUCGGAUCACCAAGGAAAUGCUGUGCGAUUUGGACAAAGCAACUUUGGCAGAGCUAGGAGUCACUGCAAUCGGCGACCAAUUGCUCAUAUUAAAGCGGAUUGCGGCGGGUGCGGAGCGGAACGCGGAAAAGGACGCGGAAAGGAAGAUUCCGCAACGCGCGCGAAUCACCGCACCGACGGAUGUGACGCAAGCGUCGCAUCACCGCAAAGGUCGUCCGCCUCCCGACCGCAACGAGAUCUACCACGUCAAAAUGCCCGUCGGCUCCACUGCCCGAACCCAGCGGAUCCUUGAGAAGGCGCGGAAGAUGCGCGCGGAAGGGUUGGCGGUACGCGGAACAACCGGCGUGCGGCAAGGCGGAAGAGCGGUCUCACCAAUCGAUAAGACGAGCCAAGCGGCACGCGGAAUGCGGAAAGCCAGAGAUUUUGGAGAGGUUUCGAGUAGCACGGAUUUUUUGCGCGGAAGGAUUCAGAAGGUUGGCGUUUCCGGACGGAUUGGCAAGCAUGCGGAAACGCGGAUGACUGGAAUAAGGAUUCAGGUCAAAAAUGAUGUUAGGGUGAGGAUUUUGGGGUGAAUUUUGGAAAAAUUGAUCAAAAAUGACCUAAACCCAAAAUUCCAGCCCUAA